UGGGCGUUUUAUCAAUGAUAAUUUACUAAACAACUCAAAUAUAUAUAUUCUGUUUAUCAAUAUUAAAAACUAUUAUAUUAAACCCAUUAUAUAUAUACUCUAUAUUUGAUAUAAGUACCAAGUGAUUGGAACAUUAGAAGUGAUGUUUUGAAAAGUAUUCCAACUUUUUUUUUUGACACUUAAUUUUGUUGUCGAACCAUUGUAUUUUAGAUUAUGAGGCUAUAUUUGCCUAAAUUAUAUCUUAUAAUUAUAACAAAUACAGUUAUCCUACCUGGUGUAAUACUGAAUGAAAUUCAUAGUAAACCCACAGAGUAUAGUGAGCAUUAUCUUCAUCCGAAUGAUCUGUUAUAUCCUACAAUUUAUGAAAAUUUUGAAGAUGAUUUACUAUUAAAUGAGAUUAAUGAUGACAAUGAUGAUAAUGAUGAUCAUACAAUAUCUAAAAAUCGUCAACAAAUUAAUGAACGAACUUUUCAACCAAUUGAAGAUCAUAGAUAUUGGAUAAAUGCUGAAAAUCUACAUCAUAAUCAACAUGAUGAAAAUCAACAUGAACAUCAAGAAAGAAUCAUUUCAAAUAAUCUAAUCAAGAAAAUUACAGAAAAUUUAUUGAAACAGUCAACAGUACAACAGAAUCUUCCUACUUCAUCGUUAUCAUCAUCAUCAUCAUCACCAUCGUCCAUAGAACAAUCAACAUCAUCAUUACCUACAUCAUCUAUUUUUCAUUCAUCAUCUAGAUCAGUAUUACCAAAUUUAUGGUCAAAAAGUUCAUUACAUAGACCAUAUCGAUUGAAACGUGAUGAUCUUGGCUGGAAAAGAAGUAUUCAUUACAAUGUUUAAAUCAAUGAGACCAUUGUUAACUGACAACUAACAAUUAACAUAAUGUCUUGAACAAUGAAUGAAUUAAUUAAGAUUCUAAUAAAUAUAUUUAAAAAUUAAUAAAUUAAUGAAACAGGGAGUUAUUUUAUUUAUGAUAGAAUAUUUACAUAUAUACACUAUAUCUAUAAUAAAAGUUAAAGUUAUAUACAUAAAAAAUGUAUCCUCAUUCUAUACACUUCA